AAUAGGAUAACAUAAUUUGCUAAGAGGUGGCUCAAUUUCGCGUGCCACCUCUUCAUGCCACAUCUUCGUGCAUCGUGUAAUACUAAUGCAAUGGUCGAUCUGCAGGAAAAUUUUUGCUUCGUUUAUAAUUUGAAUUUUCUGAUAGGAAAGAAUAAUUUACCAAAGAUCAAAAAAUCUGAGCAUCAGAUAUUUACGUACACACGCAAGCAGUGUAAUAAAAGAACAAUUAACGAUAUAUAUUCGAGUGACACAGAGGAUGAAAACAUUGCUAGUAGAACGCAAAGAAAGUGUAGAAGAUUUAUUUCUGAUUCGAGUGAUGGUGAAGAGGAAUGUAGUAAAAUAUACUACGAUGGACUCUCUGAUGUUUGGGUCGAAUUAACUUCGAAAGAUGAGGAAAAUACGACGAUUCCAUUUUCGAUCGGACAAGAAAGAAUUGGCCCACAAAACUGUGAUAAUUGUAUAGAUCCGUUAGACUAUUUUCAAUUAUAUUUCACCAAUGAAUUAAUUGAAAAUAUUGUUGUAAAAACGAACAACUAUGCCCGUUCGAAAAUAGCAAAGAGAGUAUUGUCCGAAAGGUCAAUAUGGAAUACCUGGAAGGAUUUAACUGUAUCCGAAAUGAAAGCUUUUUUAGGGCUUAUAUUGAAUAUGGGAAUUGUUCGUUUAUCUAAUAUACAGGAUUAUUGGUCCAAAGAGGAAGAAUUUCAAGUACCAUUUUUUUCUAAAAUCAUCGAUAAAGGUCGAUUUAUGCAAAUAUUUUGGAUGUUACAUUUAAACGAAGUACACGAACCAAAUGCAAUAUUAGAAACUAGAUUACAAAAAGUGAGCAAAUAUCUUGAAUAUCUCGAUUUGAAAUUCCGAGAACAUUUUAUUCCUAAUAAAUGUAUUUCCAUAGUUGAAUCUGUGGUGAAAUACAAAGGAAGAUUAGGUUCUACUGUUUAUAAUCCUCAAAAACCAACAAAAUGGGGUAUUCGUCUGUAUGUUUUAACGGAUUCAGAAAGUGGUUAUUUGUAUUCUUUUCUUCCAUAUUAUGGAAGUAUAACUACUGAAAAUUUACCAUAUCCUGAACUUCCUGUUACCAAUAGAGCAGUUUUAUAUUUAUAUAAAAAUCUUCAAAAUUCAAUUUCAGAAGCAAGCGGUUAUCACAUAUAUACCGGUAGAUUUUAUUCUAGUGUAAUACUUGCGAAAGAAUUAUUAUCCCAAUCUUGUCAUUUUACUGGUAUAAUAAUGACGAAUGGAAAAUAUGCUCCAAAUUGUCUUAAAGAAAGAAAGUUGAAAAAAGGUGAUAUUGUAGCUUAUAGAAAUGAAAAUGUAUUAUUGUUUCAAUUGAGAGAUAAAAAAAUCGUUAGUAUGAUAAGUACUUGGCACACUGUAGAAAUAGAAACCAAAAAUAAAAUACCACACAUUAUACAGGAUUAUAACAAAAAUAUGAAUGGCGUUAAUUUGGUUAAUGAUUGUGCUUCGGUUUAUUGUUUUAUGAAAAAAACUUUAAAAUGGUGGCGUAGAUUAUUUUUCUGGGGUUUAGAAAUGUCUGUAAUAAAUUCGUAUAUUCUUUAUAAUUAUAGAGAAAGAGAGAGCAAUCCUAUGACGUAUUUAAAAUUUGUUAAAGUUCUUGUAAGAGAAUUAACGAAAGAUUUUUAUUCUAUUUCAACAAAUAUUCCACAUGUAUUGUUAAAUAAUAACCAACGACUAAAUAAUGAGUUACAUGUUAUUCAGUUGAAUCCUUUGCAUAAACAUAAAGAUUGUAAAGUUUGCUCGAAUAGGAAAAUAAAAGGAGGAAGACGAGAAACGAAUUACUAUUGCGAAACUUGUACCGAUCAUCCCGCUCUUCACGUGGGAGAAUGUUUUAAAAGAUAUCACACUUUGCAAGAUUAUAAAAUAUAACUUUCUAUUGAGAUACAUUGUUCUUUAUUUAUAUAAAUAUUUGUUUUCUUCCUUUUCUUUUAUUUUAUUUUAAUAAAACAUAGCUAAGCAAAUUCUUGUCCAUUAAUAGAUGGAUGAAAAUGAAUACUAAAGUUUAAUUUAAGAUGAAGAUGUAUAUAAACAUAUAAAAAUGAUUUGUGCAAUAAAAAACUUAUUUGUA